CCAUACAAAUACGAUACAGACAUACAUAUGUAUAAACAUUUUUCUGAAAGUUCAAAAAUUUGAAAAAAUAUUUAAUUUAACAACAAUGAAUGUUUUGAACAAAAUGUAUAAAUUUGCAAAACCAGCAAUUGUUAUGCAAAAUGAUGGAUACCAAAAAAAUCUGUGGUUGCCGCAAUUGAGUUUUUUAAAAUCUCGUUUUCAUCAGAAAAUAGCAGCCGUUUAUUUGAAGAAAGAAGAUGAUAACACAACUGAUGUAGAUUAUUGUGAUCCUGAACCAAUUUGUGAAAAAGAGACACGGAAAUCUCCCAGUACCGAUAUUACAGGUGGUACCACCACAGCAGUUGAUAAAACACUUUUCAAGGUCGGACGUAUACAUGCCGUAAUUGGUCCCGUUGUUGAUGUUAUUUUUGACAAUGAAAACAUACCUGAUAUUAUGAAUGCUAUGGAGGUUUCCGACUAUAAAGCAGGUCCAAGAUUAGUUUUAGAGGUGUUUCAUCAUUUGAGUAAUAACAUUGUGCGAUCGGUUGCUAUGGAUAGUACUGAAGGUUUGCGAAGGGGUCAAAAAGUUACCGAUACAGGACAUCCUAUACGUGUUCCGGUUGGACGAGCCACCCUUGGCCGUAUUAUUAAUGUUGUUGGUGAUCCGAUUGAUGAGCGUGGACCAAUAAAAUCAGAUUUUCAUUCCUUUAUACAUGCCGAUGCUCCAGCAAUGACUGAACUAAAUGUGAAUCCUGUCUUACUGGAAACUGGUAUUAAGGUUAUUGAUUUAUUGGCACCAUAUGUGAAAGGUGGAAAAAUCGGUCUAUUUGGUGGAGCUGGAGUGGGAAAAACUGUUUUAAUUAUGGAAUUAAUUAACAAUAUUGCCAAAGCGCAUGGUGGAUAUUCGGUAUUUGUGGGUGCAGGGGAACGUACACGCGAAGGCAACGAUUUGUAUAUGGAAAUGAUUGAGUCAAAAGUUAUUUCUUUGGAUGACGAUAAAUCCAAAGUUGCCUUAGUGUAUGGUCAAAUGAACGAACCACCAGGAGCAAGAUCACGUGUAGUUCUGACAGGUCUUACCAUCGCCGAAUAUUUUCGUGAUAUGGAAGGUCAGGAUGUUUUGUUAUUUAUUGAUAACAUUUUUCGUUUUACUCAAGCCGGCUCAGAAGUAUCUGCAUUGUUAGGCCGCAUACCGUCGGCUGUUGGAUAUCAACCUACUUUAGGAACUGAUAUGGGUACUAUGCAAGAACGAAUCACAAGUACUAAGAAUGGCUCAAUUACAUCUGUGCAGGCUGUUUAUGUUCCAGCGGAUGAUCUGACAGAUCCGGCACCAGCUGCAACAUUUGCUCACUUAGAUGCUACUACCGUAUUAUCCAGGCCAAUAGCCGAAUUGGGCAUUUAUCCAGCUGUAGAUCCUCUCGAUUCAUCAUCACGAAUUAUGGAUCCUAUGAUUGUGGGCGAGGAACAUUAUAAUGUUGCUCGGUCGGUUCAAAAAACACUACAAAAUUACAAAUCCUUGCAGGAUAUUAUAGCCAUUUUGGGUAUGGAUGAGCUAUCGGAAGACGAUAAACUCACAGUUGCUCGAGCCCGUAAAAUGCAACGAUUUCUUUCACAACCUUUUCAAGUGGCAGAAGUUUUUACGGGACAUGCUGGCAAAAUGGUACCGGUAGGUAAAACUAUUGAAGGAUUUAAGCGCUUAUUAAACGGUGACAUGGACGAUAUGCCAGAAAUUGCCUUUUAUAUGGUAGGUGAUAUUGACGAAGCAAUUUCAAAGGCUAAAGAUUUAGCUGCAAAAUUAAAAAUGUAAUGUUUUAAAUUUUAUUUAAUUUUCAUGUUCUAUGUUUUUAACUACUGUUCUAUUUAUUAAAUUAAAAAUAAAUUUGUAUGGA